AUGAUCAGGUUUGCAGCUUUGAUUUUUACCCUUUCUCUGGUUUUACAUCAGCCUGAAGUGAAAGGAACAAGUUUAUCCAGACCAGUAAACAAUUCCCUUAAGACUGAGUAUGGUGAUAUCUAUGACUGUGUGGAUAUCAACAAGCAACCAGCUCUUCAGCAUCCAUUGCUCAAGGAUCACAAAGUCCAGACAAUGCCUAGUUUUGCUGUGAGGAGGAAGAAUAUGUCUCCAACCAUCACCAACUCUGUAAAACUUGGCUUGGAGACACCAUGUCCGCGAGGAACAGUCCCUAUUCGAAGGACUUCAGAUCAAGACUUACUUAGAGCACAAUCUGCUGUCAGUAUACCCAAUUUUGUCUCUGACACUAAUGCAAUUGGACCAAGCUCCCCAGGUGUAGAUUUUGCGGGAAUAGUUUCAAUGCCAGAUGAUGGAAAAAAGUACCAUGGAGCAGCAGGAUUGGUGACCAUAUACCAACCAUUUGUUCAAAUUACUCAGUAUAGUUCAUCAAUGAUUAUUGUUCAAAGAACCGGAUGGAUGGUCAAUAAAGCCCUUUAUGGAGACGUCCGAAGCAGAUUUUUCACAGCUUGGACGCAAGAAGAAAAUGGCACCACAUUUGGGUGCUAUGAUGUCCAGUGCUCAGGCUUUGUAGUUGUGAAUAGAUAUGUAACUCCCGGCCUACCUUUUGGCAAUGUCUCAACUCCAACUGGCACUAAAUAUAAUGUUUGGAUGAUGAUCAAGCAAGAUACACUUAGUGGGGAUUGGUGGGUGAUGAUGCUAGAUGGCAAUAUACCAAUUGGGUAUUGGCCAAGUAAGUUAUUCAAUGGGUUUAAUAGUGGAGCUGUUGUAGCAAGCUGGGGAGGAUGGGUUUACAGCCAGAGUCCUGGUUCUCCUGCAAUGGGUAGUGGCUUAUAUGAAGAUGAAGAUUUUGACAAGACAUGUUACAUGGCACGAGUCGUUGUUAACAAUCCAGGGGAUCCCAAGUUUGUUAGCCCAGAUGAUUCUUCUAUUCGUCUUCUCCAAUCUCGUUGUUACAAAUCUGGAUAUAAUUCUUAUUUUGAUGAAAAUUGGGGAUACAGAUUCUUGUUUGGAGGACCCAUUUGUUGGUAAUUCUGUUUUAUUUUCCUC